UCUACGUUCGGAUUGUACUUGCGUUAGUGACGCUUUUCUUAUAUUCAGUACAAUUGAAUAAAAAUCGGUUUUAUCCUGGUAGAAUAAGAAUUUUACAGCAUUUUACAUUCAACAUGUCCCUGAAAACUUACGGCGACAAGCCGGUAAGCUUCCAAAUCGAAGAAAAUGGUGAAUAUUUUUGCAUCGGCUCGGAGGUGGGAAACUAUCUCCGACUUUUCCGUGGGUUGCUAUACAAGAAGUAUCCGGGGAUGCUCCGGCGCACGUUAAGCCCCGAGGAACGAAAGAAGCUACUCGAUUCCGGAAUUAGCAACCAGUUCCUUGCCAGUUCAGUUUCACUGUUGAGAGCAAACGAAGUGCAAGAAAUUCUCGAUGGAAAUGAUGAAAAGUAUAAGGCUGUAUCGAUUACCACUACUGAGUUACCAGCACCUAGAGAAAGCAAAUCAAGCAAGAAGCAACCGCCAUGGGUCCCGACCAUGCCCAAUUCCAGCCAUUUGGAUGCGGUUCCGCAGGCGACUCCGAUCAACCGGAACAGAGUUCAUAACAAAAAAAUUCGCACUUUUCCCAUGUGUUUUGACGAUACGGAUCCAACGAUGAACAUCGAGAAUGCUGCUCAAACGGAAAUGCUGGUCCCGGUCCGAUUGGACAUGGAGAUUGAAGGUCAAAAACUACGUGAUACGUUCACCUGGAACCGGAACGAAUCGAUGAUCACUCCAGAACAAUUUGCAGAGGUUUUGUGUGAUGACUUGGACUUAAACACGACACCCUUCGUCCCGGCAAUUGCCGCUGCCAUAAGACAGCAAAUCGAAGCAUACCCGAGCGAACCGGUAGUGCUGGAGGAGGGUUCCGACCAACGUGUGCUAGUGAAGCUAAACAUUCACGUCGGAAAUACGUCGCUGGUCGAUCAGGUCGAGUGGGACAUGGCAGAGAAGGAAAACAAUCCGGAAGACUUUGCAGUUAAGCUGUGUGCAGAGCUGGGUCUGGGUGGAGAAUUUGUGACGGCAAUUUCCUACUCCAUUCGAGGUCAGUUGUCGUGGCAUCAGCGCACUUACGCGUACAGCGAGGCCCCUCUGGCUACGGUCGAAGUUCCCUUCAGAGCACCUAGUGACGCAGACCAGUGGGCACCUUUUCUGGAGACACUGACCGAUGCGGAGAUGGAGAAGAAGAUUCGCGACCAGGAUCGUAAUACACGGCGAAUGCGUCGAUUGGCCAACACCUACACAUAAGCUGACUCAUGACUCAUGAUGACAUCUUUUUCAUAGCAUAUAGAAAUAAGAAAUAACAUUUUUGUCGAGUUCUUGAAAAAAUAAACUAUGUCUAUCA